CUGCUGGCGUCACUUCCGGUCUAAAGUCUUAAAGGACAUCCUUUGUCCAAAUAUCUAUUUUCUACUGUAAUACAUGUCCAAUAUUUCGUUACUUUAUAUCAAGUGUCACCUGAUUUUUAUGAAUAAGAUCUACGUCAUGGAAAUACUGGAAGCUAAAUAUACGCGCACGUUCUGUUGUUCUGCAUAAUUUAUUCUGAGGAAAAAUCUAUACGUCUGCUGAUCUCUAGCAGCGGAACAAAUAUAUGAAACAUGGCGGGUGUGUGGGUCUAAAUUAUGAAUGCUAUUAUGUAUGGAAGUGUGUAUUGAUUCAAUGGAAUUGAAACAUAACGGAAUUAUGGAGUAAGAAUUUAAAAAUAAAAGAAAUAGAUUUUAAAGACGAAGCAGACGACAAAAUUAAACCAGAAACAUGAUGCAGAUUCAGAGACCUAUCCGGACAGAAUUAACUCUGAGACUGGUCCACGACCUCAGUCCCGAGUCAGGAGAUUCUAUGGAUGAAGAUGAUGACGAAUCAUUGGAAAUACAGCGAGAACGCUUCCUCAUUAGCUGCUUGGCACAGUCUGCGAUAAACAAUAACAACAGUAUUAGCCACGUGACACAAACCACGUGUGAUAGAUUUUGUGAUAAAACACAAACCAUCAAAGACACAUACGCAAAGUUAGAAUGGCAACAAAACCAUUUAGAGCGGAUCAACAAUCAUAUAAAUGAACAACAUUUAAACAAAGUGCUCGACAGUCCUUAUCAAAAUAUAAAUCUGAUUAACAACAAUUUUCUACAGCUCUCUGACUGCGAGAAUGACUUGAGCGACAAAGAGAAUGUUCGGCCAUGUUCCCCCUCCCACAAGAGCCCAGCAACAACUACAAAAGCCGCCAGAAGACCCCGUAAACUACCUGAUAUACCAAAGAAAGUGCAAGCCCCCGUUGUACCACUGAAGCCUAAAGUUAUUAACAAUGAAAAAUGUCUUGCUGAUGAACUUCAAGAAGCCCUUGUCAAAACUGAACAAAGCAUUGACAGUGACAAUGAUGACGUUUUUCUUCCAAAUUCUGGAAAACAACUUCCAAAGGUUUAUCCUAAAUAUAGUUGUAAAUAUUUAGAGGAACUUAAAACUGUGAAAUUUAAUUCUGUGUCAAAAAAUACCCGAGCCCUUCUAAACUCGGAUAAUAUGUAUCUAAAGGAAGACUCCACUGAACGGUCAGAUGAACAACGGGCUGCGCAUGAAAAAUCAAAUGAUGUUUCACGUGAGAAGUCGCGUGAGGUGUGCACUUCCUCCAGCGGACAAGGGAACAAUGAAGGCAACGGAGAUUCACGUCGAUAUAGUUCCGGUUUUCCAGCAACACAAUAUCAAGAUUUAGUUGUUACUCAUCGAGGAAUGCAUCGUUUCAUACCCCGUCACAAGGAUGAAAUAAGCAUAGAGAUAGGUGAUCCAAUACAUGUCGCGAAAACAGACGAUGAUUUGUGGUGUGAAGGUAAACUCACUUUUACUAACUCUGUUAAAAAAGUUUAAAAGAGCACAGAUUAGUGACUUUUAAAGAUCUUCUCUGAGAAUGUCCUCAACAACGGGUGUUCAAAAUUUUUUCUACGAUUUCUUGGAUCGGUAGAAGUCAAUUACCAUAAGGGAGAUGAAAUAUUGUGCCAAGCUAUAAACAAGGUUGCUUUAUCACGUCGAGCAGUGAACACUUCAUUACCUCCCCCUAUAUGUACAUUAGAAGUGAGCCAGUAUGGCAUACGUAUGUUUGACAAAAGUAAAUCUGGGCAUGAACAUUUAGAAGCAUUUGCACAUUUCUUCGCUUUGAAAAAUAUAACAUUCUGUGGACAUCAUCCCAGAAAUGAACGAUAUUUUGCUUUCAUCACGAAACACCCCAACCAGUACAGAUAUGCGUGUCAUGUUUUUCUUGGAGAAAAAUCUACACGGUCUGUCACAGACGCCGUCGGGCAAGCUUUUAAAAGAUUCUACCAGGAGUAUAUGGCGUUUACACAUCCGACAGAAGAUAUUUACAUGGAAUAACAUAUACAAGGAAAAUAUUUACAUGGAAUAAAGUAAUCUGCAUAACACAUUUGUCAGAAGAUAUUUACAUGGAUUAACAUGUAUUAGAAAGAUUAUAACAUGGAAUGAAAUUAUUGAAAUUCGCGCAUCUGAAGGAAGAUUUUUCACGGAAUGUCAUGCAUAUGGAAUAUAUUUACAUGGAAAAACAUACAAGUAAAUUGUGGAAUAUUAACAUGAAAAAAAAAUCACACAUCUUACAGGAGAUAUUUACAUGAUAUAUAAUAUGAGGAAAGUUUUUUACAGUAAAGAUACUGAAAUUCAGACUUACUGCUGAAGAGGAUGUAUGGAAUGGAAAAUGAGAAAGAGAAUUAUUUGAAAUCAAACAAAAAGCAGUAUAAUUGUACUGUGUUUAAAUAAAACGUUAGACACAAGAGGAUUACUUGGAAUAAAAUUAAUUUGAGGAGCUUUAUAUGAAGUAAAACUACUAAAUACAUGUAUCAGAAUAUGUAAAUUAAUGUGUUACUCGUACAGGGCAGAAAAUAUUUACUUGCGAAAAUGACUUUCAUUUGCAUAUUAUCAUCAUGACUUCAGAUACAUAAUUCUCGUUCAAUUACUAGAAAAAAGCAAUGAAUAAAUGUACUAAUGGAGCUGCUCUCCGGACAAUAGAUGCUGUAUUUACGAUAGAAACGUGAUUUUCUUUCAUUUAGCAUUUUCUUCUCGGCGGAUAGUCGCUAUAUGUCCCAGUGCCGACCAGCGACACGUGCAGCUACACCUGCUUAUUUCAAGAGGUGGAAGUGCAAGAGGUCUAAGUUUAUAUAACUGAAGAAGCACUUAGACUUCUUUCGCAUUCACCCCUCGAUUUGAUCUCCAUAAAAGUGUGCCGAGUGCAAGUUCUAAUGGCAAUUCUUUCAGUUUAGCUUUCACAGACCAAUUGAUAGCGCGAGUGUCUCUCCGACGUUAAUAAGUAUCACAUGGACACGUGCACCGUAUUUAGGCCUUAGCGGCCAGGCCUACAAAUGCGCCGCUUAGCGGCAGUAGCGACACAUGCACCGCAUGCAAACCAUAACAACCGCAUCGGCACAUGCACCGCAUUCAGACCUUAGCUGUCAGACCAACAUAUACACCGCAUUCAGACCUUAGCUGUCAGACCAACAUAUACACCGCAUUCAGGCUUUAGAGGCCUGGGAGCCUAUACAUGUACGGUGACCAAUGUGCGGCCAAUUCAGAGAAGCGGCCUUUUGUCCGGAAAAAAUGUUUAAGCUAGCCUUACGACAUUUUAAAAAGUCAGCAAUAACAAGUAUAAAUAGUAAUAAUUUACUAAUUUUCAAACAAGAUCUAUACAUAUUAGACGCGAAAGACUAAACACUGAUUAUAUCUACACGAAACAUUUUUUCUGAGUAGUAAGCUUUUGUUCAAAAAGACGGCAUAUGGAAUUUAAACCAUACAUUCAUGUUUCUUUUUAUUCUUCAAUUAUAAGCAUGUUGUGUUUGUUUUGCAUGCAGAUAAAUGGUUAUAUGUGAGUCUUUCAUUUACUAUGACUAUUACCUGUGAUUAAUAUAAACUGUAUGACAAAGUCUGUACUGAUUCAAAGUUCCUUCAAAUAUUCCGAAGGAACAAAAAACACGUUUUUUCUAAAUGAUCGUUUCAAAUUUAUGUCUUACUUGAACAUAAUACGUAAUAACGUUUAAACUUUGUAACUUGAAAAAGAUUUAUUAAUUCUGAUUAUAAAUAUUUGAUGAUAUUCUGUCAACUACUGACAAAUGCAUUAAAUACAUGUUACUAUAUAG